AUGGCGAGCUUCAAGAUCAAAGACGAGCCCAUGUCCGCUCCGAUCGCUUCGUCCUCCACCAAUGGUCACGCAAAGCGCCCAGCAAAGCAGAACCUCUUCGGCGACAGCGACGUGAGCUCAGACGAGGACGACGACAAACCUCUUGCCAAGCGACCCAAGGUAGAAGACAGCGAUCUUUCCUCCGAUGACGAUUCGGACGCCCCUCUCACUUCCACCGUCUCGUCCCAGAACGGCAUCAAGAAGCAGAGCGACUCCGACGAUGAGGACGACGACGACUCCGAUUCGGACUCGGACGCGCCACUCACAGACGUGGUCAAGAAGAGAAGCGACAGCGACGAUGAUAACGACGAUGACGAUGAAGAAGAGGAUGCCGACAACGAUGAUGAUGACGACGAUGACGAUGACGACGAUGAUGAUGACAAACCCCUCAGUAAGACUACCAAGUCGAAUCGAAAACCGCCCAAGACCAUGUCCGUCACUGGCUCUGGCGAGAAGAAGUGGGACGUCCUCAUUCACAAAGGUCCGCGAUUCCCCGACCCGUAUCAGCCGCUGCCCAAAGGUGUCAGGCUAAAGUACGACGGCAAGCCCGUCGAUUUGCCGCCGCAAACCGAAGAAGUCGCCAUGUUCUACGCCGUCAAGCUCGAAACCCAGCACGCCCAGAACGCCAUCUUCAACCGCAACUUCUUCGAUGACUUCAAGUCAGAUCUCAAAAAAUACCCUCCCAGGGAUGGCACCCAGAUCAAGUCGUUCGACAAGCUCGACUUCCGCGAUAUGUACAACUACUGGCGCAGUCUCAAGGAUGCCGAAGUCGAACGCAAAAAGGCCCUUGCUCCUUCGGCCCGCAAACGCGAGAUCGAAGAGCGCAAAGUCGAGGAGGCCAAGUGGAAGAUCUGUGUGGUCGAUGGCGUCGAGCAGCGGGUCGGCAACGUCAACGUCGAGCCUCCCGGCCUCUUCCUGGGACGUGGCGCCCAUCCCAAAGCGGGCAGGGUCAAGCGACGCAUCGCUCCCAGCGACAUCACCAUCAAUCACAGCGCCAGCACGGCCGCCCCAGAGCCUCCCGCGGGCAUGGGCGACUGGGCCGAGGUCGUCGAGAAGAAGGACGUCACCUGGCUCGCUUACUGGAAGGAGAACAUCAACGGUCAAUUCAAGUACGUCUUCCUGGACGCCACCUCCAACUUCAAGACCAACUCGGAUCGCGACAAGUUCGAAAAGGCCCGAAAGCUCGACACGGUGGUCAAGAAGAUCCGUCGCGACGUCAACCAGAACCUCAAAUCCAAGGUGCGCAACGAUCGACAGAUCGCCACCAUCGUUUGGCUCAUCGACAACUUUUCGCUCCGUGCCGGUAACGAGAAGGGCGAAGAUGAGGCGGAAACGUAUGGUGUCUGUUCGUUGCGCUGUGAGCACGCCCAGAUCAAGAUGCCCGACAUCAUUCAUCUCGAAUUCCUGGGCAAAGACUCGAUGAAGUUCGAAGAGGAUCUCAAAAUUAGCAAUCCGGACGUGUUCAAGAACAUCGCCAUGUUCCUCAAGACCAACGGCAUGAAGGACCAGAACGGCAACUUCAUCCGCAAGAAGCCCUCGGAUCCUAUCUUCUGCGCUCCCGAGUCUGGCAGCGCCAAGAUGCAGCCACUGCAGCCCGGCUCGGUGAACCAAUUCCUCUCCAAGUACAUGAAGGGGCUAAGUGCCAAGGUGUUCCGUACCUACAACGCCUCGGUCACGUUCCAAGGUCUGCUGGAGCAGACCGAGGAUUGGCUCAAGUCGCGGCCCAAUGCAGCCGAGCGCGAGAUCAAUCAGACCAACCUGCGUCUGGCGUACAACGAAGCCAACCGGCAGGUCGCCAUCCUCUGCAACCAUCAAAAGACGGUCAACCCCAUGCUCCUCAACCGAAACCUCGAGCGCACGCAGGAAAAGAUUUUCCAGAUCCGCUACGAGAUCAUGAAGGAGCAGCAAAAGAUCCUCACCUUCCACAAGAUCGGCGAGCUCAAAAAGGAGUACAAGCCCAAGGAGUUCCCAUUCAUGAAGCAGUUCGACAAGAUCAUGCAGAAGCAGGAUCUCGACGCCGAAAAGGUCAAGCAGUACGAGGAGCAGAUGAUCAGCGACAAGAAGACCAAACUCGAGUCGACGUUUAAGCGCCAGCAGUCCGAAGUGCAGUAUCAGCUGGAGCAGAAGGGACUCGCGGGCGAGGACGGCACCCCGAAGAAGUCCAAGAAGGUCAAGAAUGUCGAAGAGGAGGUCAAAUCGUCGAUCAAGGGCUUCAAGGACAAGAAGCAGGUAGAUGACGAGCUCAAAGCCCUCAGCGAGACGGCCAAGCGACUAGAAAAGGAGCGCAAGACGAACAAAUCGCAGGCGACGAGCUGCAACUUUGCCAGCUCGGCCAAGAAGAUUCUGAGCAAGUACGAGAUGAUUAAGAAGCAGGAGGCGGAGCUGGUCAACAAGAACAACACGUCGGACGUAGCGCUGGGCACGUCGAAGCUCAACUACAUUGAUCCGCGUAUCACGCUGGCGUGGCUCAAGCAGUGGGACGACCGAUUGAUCGCGUUGGGCCACGGCAAGGCCGCCUCCAAGAAGAAGGUCAAGAAGGAGGAAGAAGAGGAGGCGGAUGUCAAGCCCAAGAAGAAGGGCGCCAAGGGGUCUGCUGCUGCUGCAGGCAAGAAGGGCACGGCCAAAAACGGACUGGCCAACUCGACGGGCGACAGUGAGAAGAUGGAGCUGGGACUGCAAGUGAUGAACAUCAGCCAAUUCUUUGCCAACGCGCUGCAGAAGAAGUUCAAGUGGGCGGCUUCGGGCGACGACGGUCGAGACAUUUCGGCCAAGUGGGUGUUUGUCAAGGAUGCGCAAUCCAAGAUGCGCAAGCUCGACUCGGCGGAACGCAAGGGCGAGAAUGGCGGAUCGAUGGCGGCCAUGACCGCGGCUGCCGACUCGAAGGAUGCGCAGCCCAAGGCCAACGGUGUCUUGAAAAAGCAGACGGCAUCGGAUCGCAAGCUUCACAAGCCGAUCAAGGCGGUGGACAAGACCGAAGAGAGCGACGACGACUUGAGCAGCGACAGCGACGACGACAAGCCGCUGGCAGCUGCUUGA